AUGGCCGACGACGACCGACGUCCCAAACGCUCUCGCUUCGAUCAGACCGAGCCUGAACCGCGACGACCCUCUCGAUUCGAUCGUCGUUCUCGCUCCCCUUCCUCGCGACAAUCCGAAACCGCGCGCGCUCGCAGUCCUCUGAGUCGAGAAGCGCGCAGUCCCAGCGCCAGUACCCCGAAGACCUCCGCCUCGGACCCCGCUGCUGCCGCCGCUGCCGCUGCGGCCAAGAUCAACGCCCAGUUGCAAGCCAAAAAGGGAAUCCAGCAUGUGGACGUUCCUCCCAUUCGUGCGACUGCGAGUCCCGCGCCCCAAUCCGGUUCACCGUCCAGCGGAGAACCUUCAGGGAAGUUGAAUGAGGAGAUAUAUGUUGCCGAUGGUGAUUAUAUCCGGGACAUCGAGAUCAAUGACCUGCGCAAUCGCUACACACUGACUAAAGGCUCUACUCAAAAGAUGAUCAAAGAAGAAACUGGCGCCGAUGUCACCACUCGAGGAAACUAUUAUCCGGAUAAGAGCAUGGCCACUGCUGCGAACCCUCCGCUUUACCUGCAUGUGACGAGCACGAACAAGGACGGUCUGGAAAAGGCGGUGGUCUUGAUCGAUGACCUCAUGAAGAAGGAACUUCCCAACCUGGUCGACGAACGGCGGUUCCGUCGUCGGGAACCAGAGCCGGUAGAGCGUGAUGAAUAUGGCCGUGUACGAACAAAGCCCAGCGAGAAUGAUAUUCGGGGGCGAUUCGCUAAUGUGUUACAGCGCAAAUGGCCGGAGGAGCGAAUCCCCGUGGACCUCGAGCCGCUUCCUGGCUUCAACCUUCGUGCUCAGGUUGUCGGACAGGGUGGCGCAUAUGUCAAACAUAUCCAGCAGAAGACUCGGUGCAAGGUCCAAAUCAAAGGCCGCGGCUCCGGGUUCAUGGAGCAAAGCACCGGCAGAGAGAGCGAUGAGCCCAUGUACCUGCACGUAGCUGGACCUGACCCGAAUGAGGUUCAGAACGCGAAGGAGCUCUGUGAGGAUCUUCUGGCCAAUGUCCGAGAGCAAUAUCAACGCUUCAAGGAGAACCCUCCGCAGCAAAACUACGGUGGCUACGGCCAGCGUGGCGGCGGCGACCGCUAUCAGCAUGGCGGGAACUAUGGCGGCGGCGGCGGCAGCGGCGGUGGAUAUGGAAACCACCAGUACCAAAACUCGCCUUCUGCCUCUGCUACCCCUGCUGCGCAGGGAGCAUCCACGGCGUCAGGAGCAGGAAGCCCGACGGACUACGGCGCACAAUAUGCGCAGUACUACGGAUCCUCCGACCCUUACGCUGCGUACGGCGGCUAUCAAAACUACGUUGCCUACUAUCAGUACUACCAACAGGCUGCUCAGCAGCAGCAGCAGCAACAGUCACAAAGCCCUGCUCCUCCUCCGCCUCCUCCUGCCAGCGAGGCACCACCUCCGCCGCCCCCUAGCUCGGGUUCUCCCCCUCCCCCUCCGCCUAGUGGCAGCGGCUACAGCGCCGUCCCUCCGCCACCCGGGCUAUAG